AGUUUCAACAUUAAAAUUUUUCUCAAAUUUCGCACUACUGUCACUAACGCAACACGUGCGAACAUGCUUGCACGAGACUAGCCCAACUAUACCUUCCAUUGGCGUAGUAAAUUGAAUAUUACAAAAUAACAUUAUCAAUGCAGGUAUCAGUGAUUCCAUAUCAAUCCUCAGAUAAUACGGCAUUGGACCGCGAACCAACAAAAUGUGGCCACUAACAAUAAUCUUAUUGACAAAUAUUUUACUAGCAAUGUCACAAAUACAUAAAAUUGUGCUCAAAGAAAGAGAAACUCUUAUAGAAAGGGAAUUAAAAAUGAUGGUCGGUUAUUCAAUUGAACUCAGUGCUACUGAAUUAGUAGCCAAUGAAAUAAUAAUGGACCUUAAGCGUAAAGAAAUAGACUAUGGUUUCUGGAAUCCCAAAUAUUAUCAUCUAUUGAAACAUUUCUUCGAAUAUAAAGAGCUAGUGAAAGAUACUAAAUUAUACAAAAUACUGAAGAGUAUGCCUAAGGGUGCAGUGCUUCAUGGACACGAUACAGGUAUGCUCGGUCCAGACUACGUGCUUGAAUUAACUUAUUGUGAUGACUUAUGGAUAUGUUUCAAGGAAGACCAAUCCGAUGUAAACUUCGUCUUUGCGAAACACCGCCCUACUGGAUGGUGUGCAACUAAAUGGGAACGAGCGAUGGAUAUAAGAAGAACUACGAAUGCUACAGAAUUCGAUGCAAAACUUAGAAAAUUCUUUACUCUUGUGGUCGUCAAUCCCCAAGAAGUUUACACAGAUUUGGAUACAGUAUGGGAUUAUUUCAUGAAGUAUUUUAUCCGCACGGGACCUCUGUUCACUUAUAAACCAGUGUGGGAGAAGUAUUAUUACGAUACAUUAUUUGCUUUAAGAGAAGACAACGUCAUGUACUUUGAAAUUAGAACUGUAUUGCCACCAUUGUACGACUUGGAAGGCAAUAUAUAUAACUCCGUAGACACAGCCAAAAGUUACAAGCGAGUGACAGAAAAAUUCAAGAAAGAUUAUCCAGAUUUCUUCGGGGCAAAAUUGAUAUAUGCUCCUGUAAGGUCAGUGGCUAGAGAAACUUUAAAAAACUAUAUCAAAGUAGCUAAAGAAAUUCAUAAGUUGAUGCCGGAUUUCCUUGCGGGUUUUGAUUUAGUAAGUCAAGAAGAUUUAGGAAAGCCUUUAAAAGAAUUUUAUCCUGAUUUAGCAAAAAGUGGCUUGAAUUUGUAUUUUCAUGCAGGUGAAACGAAUUGGUAUGGUACAAGUACAGAUGAGAAUUUAUUUGAUGCUGUUCUUCUUGGCACAAAGAGGAUUGGACAUGCAUUUGCUUUAGUGAAGCAUCCUUUAUUAAUGAAAGAGGUUAAGAAGAGAAAGAUAGCUCUAGAGGUUAACGUGAUAUCAAAUGUUGUUUUGAAGUUAGUCGAUGAUGUAAGGAAUCAUCCGUUAGCUACUUACUUGAGUCAGAAUAUGCCUGUAGUACUAUCGAGCGACGAUCCAGGUGUUUGGGAAGCUGAGAUAUUGACACAUGAUUUUUAUGUUGCCUUUAUGGGAGUGUCUAGUCGGCACGCAGAUCUUAAAAUGUUGAAGCAGUUGGCCUUAAAUUCUCUUUACUAUAGUUCAUACGGAGAAAAGCAUAAAUUGGUGCGUGAGUUUCAAAUCCGUUGGAUGAAGUUCAUUGGCUCAAUUCUUAAAAUGAAAUAG